AGAUGCGUCCAUCUGCAGUAUGGCUGGGGACAACUGGCUGGCGCAGUUGCGCUCGGCGCGCAAGACCGCUUUGCUCGGGGACGGCAAGCGAAAAAUCCAUUACUUGUUUGACAAUGGAAAGGAGAUGGCUGAGGAGUAUGACAUGAAGACCAACCAGCUGCUUCUGAGGAAAUGGAGAGAGAAGAAUGCUCUGGGGGCUUAUGGCAGUUGGCAGGUCGAAGUGGGAGAGCCAACCAUGCCUGCAGUGGGAACCCUGGAUCGUGAGCUCAUAAAAGAGAGUAGUACCAAUCCUGUCUUUAUGCGAAAAGAUACCAAGAACAGCUUCCAGUGGCGGAUUCGGAACUUGCCAUAUCCUAAGGAUGUUUACAGUGUUUCAGUGGAGAAGGAUCAGCGCAGCUGUGUUAUCCACACAACAAACAAGAAGUACUACAAGAAGUUCUCUAUUCCUGACCUAGACAGAUUCCAACUGCCUUUGGACUGCAGUGCUCUGAGCUUCACGCAUGCCAACAACACACUGAUUAUCACAUAUCAGAAACCACCAGAGAUUCUGGCUGCAGAAGAGGAACUACAAAAGGAGCUUAAUAAGAUCAAGGCAGCUAAUGAUGGAGAUGGAGAAUGCAAGACGCAAUAGCUGCAGAACUUUGCUACUGGUAGCCGGUUGCAAACAGAUUUUUUUCUGUCAUUUCAGACACAACCAUUUUAGCAACUGGCUGUUAACGGAUUUUAUUUACGUUUUCAUAGAAAGCUGCUUGCGUCUGGUUAGCAAAGGGUGGUUGAGCCAUUCUUGAGGACAUUUCCAGUUGAUUGAAAGACAACGGUCAAGUAAGAACACAAAGUGUAUUUGAAAUGUGGCGGAAUUACCUUUGACUUUUCAAGGGAUAUUUAAAUAAGUACAGUAUCAGUUGAUGACUUUUCUCUGUUUGGCCCAUAUUUGAUACUGUCACACUUAUGUAAAAUUUAAAGCAUUACUCCCUCACCCUAAAACUCUACUUUUCAUUUUAUAGUGCUUAUUUGAUCACACUGGUACCUUUCCUUUUAAAACAAAAGCAAAUUUGCUUCCUUUCAUGCAAGUUCUAUAUUGAACAUAUGUGACAACCUACAAAACCUCAUAGCUAUCUUCAUGCAAAUGUUUUUAAAAGGAUUUUCUAAAAAAUCCAACCACAAAGAAAAGUACACGAUGCAUGCCUACAUCCUACACUGCACAGUCCAGAAGUCAAAGUCUCAAAACCAAUUCUACAAGAGCAGCCAUUUCCCACUUCAGAUGGGACAAAGUCAAAGCAAAUAUGAACCCCAUAACUCUAUGGAACAAAUAUCAGCUAGUAGUAGGAUGCUAAAGGAAUAUGUCAAAUGAAUGCUGAAGUGUUUGCUACAAAGUACUGACAGGGUCCAGGGUAUUCUGCUAGUGCCUGGGUAUAUUGUACAGUGUACUGAGGAUAAAUUAUUCACUCCUCUGACCCUUUCCGGCUGCUUUUAGGUCUUAUUAGUGAAUUCCAUCCUCAGCUCGCAGCUGAAUGUCAGAUACAUAUUUCUGCCCCUGUGUGAGAGGAGUUCAUCUAUUUCUGUACUGAAUUUUGUAGAACAGUGGUACUCACGGAAAGGCACAUUCACAGCUACCAUCAACCAAGAGCCAUAGGACUACUGCACGCCUUAUAUAACACCUCACCAAACAUAAAACAACAUCACAUAUAACCGUUACUAAAUAUAUAGCUAUAAUACUGUUAAUUACAAGAGUACUUCUAAACAUGUAAAUUUGUCCCUACCACGGCUGAACCUUAGCCAGUCUUCAUGUAGCUAGGUUGAGGGGAAGGUCUUGCAGAGCAGACUUUUGACCCAAAACAGCAUGUGAGUUUUUUAGGUUCUCCAUAACUAUAAGGGAAUGUAUUAAAUAAAUGCUUCUCUUAUGUCAAAAGCCACCCAGGUGCUAAGAUGAGAGCACAGAAGCUGCAGAGAAGGGGGUGGGCUUGUUAGAGAAGAUGGGCUCUUCCAUCUCUACCAUGAGGCCUGCUGCUCAGGGACACUCAGAGCUUACACAUUCUCCAGUGUGCUGCUGUUUCAAGAUGGGGAACCACCUGCCAGUUACAAGCCCCAUCAGGCAAUGGCCAUGCCCACUUUCCAGAAGCAUGGGUGCCACAAAGGGGAACUGUGCUCAGAGGAGUCACUGAGCAUCAAUGCUGCAGAAGGGAUUACAUGAUGAGUGGAUGAGCAAAUAAAACAGUGUGAUCAUACACAU